AUGCAGUACACUGCCAUCUUCGCCAUCCUUGCUACCGUUGCUCCGUUCGCUCUGGCGGACUGCUGCUACAACUCAGGUGGUAUUUGCAGGGACGGCACUGCGGGUACCCCGUGCUGCGGCUACGGCGGCUGCAACAUCUUCUGCUGCAACUGCGACGGCGGCUGCCGCGCUGCCAGCCUGACCGGCCUCGCGGCCAGUACCAGCCCCGAGAUCUCGGACGCCGAGGCUUUUAGCCAGGCAAACACCGAUGGCACCGGCAACCUGACCCUCGCCCAGUACGCCCAGUACAUGCGCGUGUCCGAGGAUGACGAAGCCUACGUCAAGUGGUUCAACAAGUUCGACAAGGACGGCGAUGGAAUCAUCACGGUCGACGAAGUCCGCUCCGAGUCUAAGGAGUAG